CUGAGUCCACGUUCAAUCCAAAAUCUUUUUUUUUGGCAGGAAAAGUAUAGAACUAAUAUAGUUCUUCAGACUAGCAGAAAGUAUUUUUACAGUUGUGGAGGGUUUCAGCUGUUAGGUGUUGAAGCCGAGGAGAUUCUUCAAGAGGCAGCAAGUUGACUGUCAGCUGUCUCAUCUUCUGUUUUGGGUGCAGACCACUUCCUACAAAGGAACACUAAAAAAAGAGCACAAGACAACUGCUUCUCAAAUUCAAACCCUUAAACACCUAACAUUUCUAUUGAAGGCAGCGACACCCCCUCCUGCCACCCACAGGCAUCUUCACCUUCACAGGGGUCGCCACAAAGAGACCAGCAAGAUGUCUGAGAAAAAGAUGACGUCCAGCCGUAGGCACCAUUUGAAGAGCUUGUUGCUUCAGAUCGCUCAUGGGCUUUUGGAGGAAGAGGCAGCUGAGGCAGAACAAGAAAAACAACAAUACAUGGAAGAGAACUGCCCUGCUCUCUCACUGCCUGGAAGCAUGCAGGAACUACAGGAACUGUGUAGGAAGUUGCACCAGCAGAUUGAUGCCAUUGAUGAACAAAGAUACGAUAUGGAGACCAAAGUGGCCAAGUCAAACAAGGAGAUUGAUGAUCUGAAGAUAAAGGUUCAGGACCUGAAAGGUAAAUUUAAGAAACCCGUUCUGAAGAAAGUGCGUAUGUCUGCUGAUGCCAUGCUGCAGGCCCUGCUGGGCUCCAAACACAAAGUGUCUCUGGACCUGAGAGCCAACCUUAAACAGGUCAAGAAAGAGGUCAAGGAGGAGGAGAAGGAGGCAGUGGGAGACUGGCGUAAAAACAUCGAGGAUAAGGCCGGUAUGGAUGGCAGGAAGAAGAUGUUUGAGUCUGAGGCCUAAAUCUAUUUUUCUUCAACAAUUUUACAUUUCCAUUCAAUGAUUUAUUCGGUUAGGUUGUCUUAAUUAGGCUGUCUUAAUUCUUGUGGUCUUCAGGGUUUUGAGAGAUAAAAGUGGUAAUGUUACAGUAUCUAUUGUGUGACGUUAUGUUACAGAUGGUAAAAGUAAUGUACCGUAUGAAGGAGGUUUUGAUGUAUGUGAUGGUUGGUUUUGCAGCUGAGGCUUUAAAUUGGUAAAAAUUUAUAAACAAUCUGAUUUUGGCCCUUUGCAAUUAGAAUGUAUAAAUUGACUUUGGUCAGUAAAACGCAUUUAAAUACUCAAAACAGUAUUGAGAGGAGCUGCUGUAAAAAUAAAAAUAAAGUACAAAUCAAAGA